AUGUGUACAGGCCAACAAACUGAACAAUAUUAUCCAUUACAGUUUCAAGAAAUGCCAUUUUUUAAUGGUAGUGGAAUAGUUACUAAGACAUUCACCAGUAGUCGCUAUGCUGGACUACCGACGAUAACUGAAUGUCACCACAGGUUUUCUGGUCCUUAUAUCUUAAAUUCUUUUCUAACAACUGUAAAUCAAACUACGCCCUUCUCAUUUGUUACAGUUAUACUCUAUAGUGACGCAUUGGCAUAUAGAGUUACAUCAAAUGAAGUUAAUACUGUAAUGGGAACUGGAAAUGCUAUGGGACACUUGAAUGACCCUAAAUGCACUCCACACGGAGCAACAACAACAUUGAAUAUAAACCUGGUAUUAUUUAAUUAUCCAUCAACAAUUACUCCUAUUAAUGAUGCUAAUAUCGCAAUAUCUAAUAAUGUUUUAACGUGUACAACAAAAACAUUUCAAUGUCAUGGUUCAGCGACUGGAAUACAAUAUACGUUACAACUGCCUAUUAAAGGAAAAUUUCAAAAUCAAACUGCUGAGUUCAUUUUCAGUGUGACAGGAACAAAAAUUACAGUAUAA